UUUUGAUGGCGCCCUGUUCUUUCUGUAGGUCAGUUUUCGCAAGGUCACAGGUAACUUAGGUUAAUCUACUCUCGCAUUCUGCAUGUAUGCCAUACUUCUAAAAUCAGCUGGUGAACAUGCCACUAGUCCCAAUGAUGACCCUUAUGUUCAGGUUUUGACCAAAUCAGGUUUUACUGUAGAUCUACUGGAGACGCUCGACUUCAUGUAUAACACUGCAACUUUAGCAGAAUAUAAAAAUUGGCGAGAUAAUCAUAGCUGUAUUAUUUUCAGUAGUCCACGUGCAGUAAUUGCCUGUGUUAAAGCUGGACUGACAGGAAAUGAAAGUGAUCUUUGUUUUGUCGUUGGCCCAAGCACUGAAUUACAAGCUAAAAAAGCCGGAUUUUCACCCAAAGGAGCUGAUUCUGGAGAUGCAGAAGAACUUUCAGGAUUUAUUUUAAAACAUUUUGCCUCAAAAUUGGACAAGCCCAUUUUCUUUCCGGCUGGUCAGGUACACCGUGAUACAAUACCAAAAGCACUGGAAGCUGAAGGAAAGAAAGUAAAUACUGUUAUCGCUUACUCCUCAGUAGAAAAUACCAAGCUUCAUGAAAGGUUGAGGUUGAAUUUAUGUGAAGGGAAUCCGAUACCUGAUUGUAUAGUAUUUUUUAGUCCAUCUGGUGUUUCAUUAACUGAGAGUAUACUAAUGACUGAGAUAAAGCCACAUCGUCCAAAUAUUAAGCUUGUUGCUAUGGGGCGUGCAACAGCGACGAAAUUGAAAGAACUUGGCAUGACUGUUUCAGCAGUUGCUUCAUCACCAAAACCUGAAAGUCUUCUGGCAGCAUUGAAAAAUUUGAAAUGAGCAUUCAUUUAUUUAUUUACUUUCUUAUAUUGAAGUUCUUUUUCAUCCGUAUACUUUAAUUUUACUUUUCAUACUUAUUUCAAGCCUAAUUGGUUUCAACUUGUAAGAGCAUUUUAAAUGGUCAACUUUUAUCUAUGUAUGUGUUUGUGUUAUGUGUAUGUGUCUUUGAUCUGCUUUAUUUAUUCAUGAAAAUGUGCCUUAUUGACUUAGUAAUUUUUCUAUUUAGCUGUUUAUUCAGUAAUAGUUUUCAAUCAUUGCAUGUUUUGAUGUAUUUAUUUUACAAAAUGUUUGGACAGUUUGGUUAGCAUAAUCUUUUAGCUUCUGUUUCACAAAAUGCAUUUAAUAGUCAGUGUUUCAAAUAAAUAUACUACCUUUCUUUA